AUGGUUGGAGCAUUUGAGUUGCCGGAGCAAACAAUCCAUCACAUACAAUCCUUCCUCACCGGAAAGGAAGCCGUCCGGUCAUCAGUUCUCUCCAAAUCGUGGCACCGCGCUUGGACCACUCGCCCAAACCUCGACUUCGAUGAAGAUGAUUUCAGGCAUGAGGACAAUUAUUCCAACCCCAUCAACUUCGACGAAUUCUUAAAAUUCGUGAACAAGACUAUUAAGAGAUACGAAGAAAUGAAACUAAAGAUCGAUGGUCUUCGGCUCCGUGUAAACUCCUCGUCGGUUCUUCCCAAAAAAUUGAUCCCACAAGCGCUUCGUAUGGGCGCGACUCGUCUCGAUAUUGGUGGAGGUUUUGUUGUGCCGAACGUGGUGUUUAAAGCUGAGAACCUUGUCCGAUUAUCCGUGGACGAUUGCAAAAUCAAACGACACCGGGUUCGAGUCGUAAAAUAUCCUCGGCUUGAAUCCCUUAGCUUAACCAACGUCGAAAUCAGUUCCAGUGUGAUUUGUAGGAUAAUCUCCGGCUGCCCCUCCAUCAAGACAUUGUCGCUCACGAAUCUAUUGUCAUCAUCAGGUAGAUUGUAUUGUCAUGGGUUGGCUGUUGAAGGUAGAAUCUGUUGUCAUGCGCUCACGACUCUCGUGCUUUGCAAUGUGUUCUUCUGUGGUGACGACCUGUUUUCUGAAUUUCCUUCCCUCAAGGAUUUGACCCUACAUGAUCUUAUGACAGACUUGAAAGAGAUAAGAGUUUCGAGCCGUUCGCUCGAGUGUUUGAAAUUGGUUUCCUUCCCAGGUAGUUCGCUUUAUCAUACAUUCAAGUUGGACGUACCAAGUCUCCGCAGGUUUACGUUUGAUGGUUACCUCUCUCAACGCAUGACUUUUGCAUCGGCUUCAAGGAAUCUGGUGUCCUGCUUAACAUUAAUAGAAGAAGGUCACUUGAGCACCACAUUGUUCAAAAAGUUGGGUAAUUUUCUAACGGAGUUGGGGCAGUCGGAAGUUCAUCUCUGUCUCCAUCUCUACUUACGAACCAUAUUGAAUUAUGUGCCGGGCGACUUUGAAGGUUUGCCGAAACAUGAGGUGGCUAAUUUCACGAUAGACGUGUAUGAUAUGUCGUUUAUAAAUUGUUACAUUCUUUUUGACGGUUUGUUUCGGAUUAUCCGCCCAAAGUUCGUGAAGCACUACCUACAUCCCACGUCAACUAGUGAGAACACCAACAAUGAUUUUCUUGGAAAGAGACUUCUUGAUGGAGUGAACGGGAGUAUAUGCUCGAUCGAGAGCCAUUUUAUGCGUAGUGUGCAUGAUCUUAAGGAAGUAAAUGUGCAGCUUUUUGAUGAAGAUGCUUCUGAGUGGACUACCAUUUCAUGGGACUCAUUUUUUGAUGCUUCCACAAGCACAAAUCGUAAGCAACAAGUUCGUUUUCAAUUGGAAUGGAAACCGUAG